AUGGACUUGCCCAAGGGGAAGCUUUGUUCUCUUACAAACUUGAGAAGCUUCGGGAUUGGACCAUUCUCAGAAACCACAGAGUUGCAUUCCUUCCUAGACCUCUUUUUUUAUGCUCUCCAACCACCCCACUAUUACUUCCCCUCCCUUUCAGAAUUAAGUUUGUUUGGAUGGCCUCAUUGGGAAUCUCUGCCCGAGCAAAUUCAGUAUCUCUCUGUCCUAACAGGUCUUGAACUAGUUGGUUUUGGAGUAAAAUCAUUGCCUGAUUGGUUUGGGAAGCUUUCGACACUUGAACAACUUGGGCUCUGGGAUUGUAAAAAGUUAGAGAAUUUACCCUCUCACCAAUCUAUGAGAAGCCUCACCAAACUAAGUGAGCUACAGAUUGACAACUAUCCCCUUCUAAAGGAGAGAUGUAAACCAGAGAGCACCAGUAGCAGCACCACCGACCCUAAUUCUGAGUGGUCAAAGAUUUGCCACAUUCCUGAAAUUGUAAUUGAUUAG